AUGAUUUGCUUUUCUCAGUUUCACCUCGCACAGUUUAUCUAUGGCUGGCGCAUUCAUCGAUCCUCAACCCAAUCAAAGGUUUGCACUCUCUGCCUACCAUCGUGAGGUUCACACCUGUUGGCGCUGCUGCCGUGAUUUCCUCUUGCGACUUCCCCGCCCUCGGCACGCAGUGGUAGUAGCUCGUUCUGGUUAUACGCAGUGCUCGUUGAAAAUAUCCGGAUCUCCACUCCGGCCGCUUUCGCCAUCGAUCGCACGACAAACCGAAGUCAUUGCAACUUUAUCGCUGUCCCUGUCCUUGUAACUUCAUAAAGACCAAUUUUUCUCUCCUCAUUCUCAUUUGCAUAGAUUGGGCCAAACUUUUCAUAUAACAUCAUCUGGGGAAACCCCACCGCUUAACAUGGCGACCGAGAGCAACCCGGCGCUCGCCUCCCUCCCGUCCAACGUGCGCGAGAUCAUUGAGCUCGCCAGCCAGCGCGAUGGCGGCAUUCCAUUCCGGGCAAAGACCGCUCAUGUCCACAGAACCUGGGCUGGCACUUUCACGAGCUUGCCCGAGCUUUAUAUUCAACCCGAAUCUGUCUCAGAAAUUCAAAAGGUUGUCCGCUUGGCCCGUCACGCCCGGCGCCGUGUCACUACCACCGGCUGCGGUCACUCUCCUUCAGACAUUACUUGUACCUCGUCCUGGCUCGUCAACCUGGACAACUUCAACAAGGUUAUUUCCGUUGACCAUUUAACUGGUCUUGUUGUUGUGCAGGCAGGUAUCCGUCUUUACCAGCUCAGUGACGAGCUGGACCGCCGCGGGCUUGCUUUGCCUAGUCUCGGCAGCAUCAAUGAGCAGAGCAUUGCCGGCGCCAUCAGCACGGGCACGCAUGGCAGCGGCAUCAAGCAUGGUCUUGUCGGUGAAAGCAUUACUGAGCUCAAGAUUACGCUUGCCAAUGGCGAGACAUUGUCGUGCUCCCCAGAGGACAAGCCUGAUCUGUUCCGGGCCGCCUUGAUCUCCCUCGGUGCCUUGGGUAUCAUCACUGAGGUCACUUUCAAGGCUGUUCCAGCUUUCUCACUUGCCUGGAGCCAGGCAAUCGACUCGGAUAAGCGCAUCUUUGAGAAAUGGGAAAAGGAUCUCUGGAGCCAGGCCGAGUUUGUGCGUAUUUGGUGGUUUCCUUACAUGCGCCGCGCCGCUGUUUGGACUGCCAACGUUGUCGAUCCGGUCGACUUGAAGACCGGCGCCGUCAAGCACCGUGAGCCGCCAACAAGCUACUACGAUAGCUGGCUAGGCUACUAUGUCUAUCACAACCUCCUUGCUCUCUCCAGAUGGAUCCCGCGCAUCACGCCUUGGAUUGAGUGGUUCGUUUUCGGCAUGCAGUAUGGUUUCAAGAACGGCGAGGUCACGAGGAUUGGCGCCGUUCAGCCCAGCCAGAAGGCCUUCCUGCUGAACUGCUUAUACAGCCAAUCCGUCAACGAGUGGGCCAUCCCCCUCCACAAGGGACCCGAGGCUCUACAGCGUCUUGGUGCCUGGCUUCAGAACCUGAAGCCUGGUGACCCCGGCUAUGUUGAGCACGGCAUCCCCUACAGCGCCGAGGGUCUCUGGGUUCACAGCCCCGUCGAAGUGCGUGCGAGCGACUCGACCGUCUACACCUCGCGGGAGGCCAACACGCGCCCCUUCCUUGACCCCACGCAGUCUGACGGCCCCACGCUCUAUCUCAACGCCAUCAUGUAUCGCCCCUACCACCGUGAGCCGACCUACAACGCCACAGAGCGCUACUAUCUCGGUUUUGAGUGGCUCAUGCGCGAGCUCGGCGGCAAGCCGCACUGGGCCAAGACCUUCACCGCGACCCAGGCCGACCUGGCAAGGUGGUACGGCGAUGACUUCCAGCGGUGGGGCGCCGUCCGCGAGAGCGUCGACCCCGAGGGCAUGUUUGUUGGGCCCUGGCACAGACGCUACCUGUUGGAGCCCCUCCAAAGGGACAGGCUCCUCCCGCUGGAGGAGAUUCAGCAGACGACUAAGAAGGUCCCCGCGAGGCAGGGUGGUGGUAUCGAAGUGAUUGGCAUCCAGAACCUCGUCGCGCCGAACUAGGUGAUCGGGAGAAUUCUGGGUUCGCCGCUCAACAGGAUGAAGAAGGAGGCCGAGAAGGAGGUGACCAAACUAGGUGGCCGGACGCUGCAGACUGCUGAAAGACCUAAGGGGAUUCGGAGAGAAAAUAGGUUAGGUGGAGUUUUUGAACAAACCACUUGAUGAAGACUUCAGAUAGGCAUUGGGAAUUAUGGCCAAAGAGUGAGAAAGAGCGUUUCAUGGAGUCUUGGGAUAUGUACCCUAACUUGUCAUGAUCAUUUUGGGAUACCAGGCUGGUUCGAAAGGAAGGGAUGGCAAGAAGGUUUUGAUUAUCGAGGCGAAUACGUUGUACUCUACAGAUACCACAGAAAAGUACUAAGAUUGCGAUCUUGAACGAACGAUUGUGGGUUCUUCCAUGCUGCAGUGGAAGUAAUUUGAACACUAGUAGCUGUCCACG